AGUUUGUGCGCGUUGUCGACGCCGGCGCACAUCGUACUUCGGAGCGAGCCUGAUUGUGUGCGGCGACCACCAGGCACCACUUCCAGAUUCUUUUUUCUCGUCGUCAAGACCGAAAAAAUGGCAAAUCUUGUUGGAAAAUCGGUAACGUUGGCAAAAAAUCUCGUGGUGGCAGCGACACCGAAGAUAGCAAUCAUCUCACGCUAUGCCAAAGUUGAACUCGUACCACCGACCUUUGCAGAGAUUCCAGCGAUCAAAAGUGGAAUUGGCAGAUUAUUGACGAGUGCAAAAACUGGACGUUAUCGUGAACUCACCGUCAAAGAAGCUUGGCUCAAUACCUUGGUUGGCAUUGAAAUCUGGUGCUGGUUCUUCAUCGGCGAAUGCAUCGGCAAGAGGCAUAUUGUGGGUUAUGACGUUUAGUGAUUUAUGCUCCUGUCAUCGACCUCCUUAUAGGCAAUUAUAAUAUACAAUAUUUCUAGAUGUUACGGAGAGCGCGCUCUUUGUUUUCUGCAGGAGCAAUAAAAAGCUGAUCUAAAAUA